GUUCUGUCAUAGAUAUAGAAUGGUUCAUCUAGCAGGCUUUAUCAGGCUGUUCUGUUAUAGAUAUAGAAUGGUUCAUCUAUAAGAAGCAGUGCGACUUGGUUGGGUUGUGUUUCGGAGGACGCAUGGCUCUCGACCGUCGCCUCUCCGGAGUCCGUACGGGAAUUGCAGCGAUGAGACAAGACUAACUACCAAUUGGAAACCAUGAUAUUGGGGAGAAAAAGAGGUUAAAAAAAAUGGAUAUAAAAUGGAUAUAAAUACUCAGACAGAACAACAACAACCAGGAGGUCAUUGGAUCUGGUGUCGGGCUUUUCACACCUACCUUUUUCCACUCACAGUCAUUGAAGCAGGGGUUGGUACCGGUUCAGGAAACAGAACCAAAAACUGUGAAAAAUCAACAACAACUCAACUAACAGAAAUAGAACCAGCAACUAAAGUGAUCUCUAGUGUUCCGGAACAGAACUGUUAUUUUCAAAUCUUGAGAAUCGGUUAAUAAUGUUAUUUUUUGUUCCCGAAAAUAUUCUGUAUUUAAGUAAAGUUCUGAUGCUAGAAAUUCCACAAAAACUCAUGCCAUGAUGUCCAGGGCUUCAAGCCAAGCCCGUUACAUGUCCACCCCUCUUUCUCACUCUCUACUCACCUGCAUCUCAUGCCUGCAGGGCAUAUCAAAAUAUGGAAUGUGAUGAUUGUAAGCAUGUUGGAAAUGUACAGCCAUCAUUCUUCUCUGUUGUUUCUACAUGCUAGAACAUAACAAUUGUGUGUCUUUCUCUGUCUCCAGAUUUACAGCUGGCGGACGUUGUGGAGGCUGGUGGUUAAUCAGAGAUGAUUCCUCAUGAAGUCCAUGGAGCCGUCCUCUCUGUCCCCUGGCGGGUGUCACUCUGCCCUCUCUAGACUACUGAGUCCAGGACACACAGUCACACAGUGAAGACCUGAAGGAGACCUGUUUGAGCCCACGACAACACUGAGAGAGAGAGAGAUGUUUCCCAUGCCAAUAAAGCCCUUAAAUUGAAUUGUAGUUGAGAGAGAAACAGAGAUAGGGACAGAGAGAGAGAGAAACAGAGAUAGGGACAAAGAGAGAGAGAAACAGAGAUAGGGACAAAGAGAGAGAGAAACAGAGAUAGGGACAAAGAGAGAGAGAAACAGAGAUAGGGACAGAGAGAGAGAGAAACAGAGAUAGGGACAAAGAGAGAGAGAAACAGAGAUAGGGACAGAGAGAGAGAAACAGUAGGUUCAAAAAACCUACUUGAGAGACAAACAAAGAGUGAAAACCAACCAUGAAAUCCAACCAGGAGAGGAGCCAUGGCUGUCUACCUCCAAAGAAGCGUGAGAUCCUAGCCCUGGAGCAGAGGCCUGUGGUGGUAACAGCAGCAGCUGAGAUCCUGGCUCUGGAGCAGAGGCCUAUGGUGGUACCAGCAGCAGCUGCAGCCUCAGCAGACACUACCCUACACACAGAGAACCUGGCUUGGCUGGCCAAUGUAGCCAGCGAACGCUGCAGAUCCACAGAAACUCCCAGCCCCAGGUUUCAUGUCUCCUCGUCCUCCUCUUCAUCCCCCUCCCCUUCUGCUACCUCUCUGUCUACGAUUCCCCUGUCCUCUCUCUCCACUGUCUACCCCACUGGGGUGGGGCUCAGCCAACAGGGCGGGACAAUCCAGUACGCCCAGCUGGCCCCUAACCUCCAAUUCAUUAGCUCGGGGCCGUACACUGGCUACAUCUCCUCUCAGAUCAUCCAGUCCACUGCCACCAGUGUAGCCACCUCCACAGGGCAACAGCGCCACCAUCUGGACGGCCACUGCUACACCGCCGCCCUCAUCUCCCAGGCCACCAAGGCUGGUGACCAGCAGAACCAGCUCCAGAUAGGACUGCCGUCUGACCUGGCUGUGUCCGUUGGAGGGACUACCGUCUCCCUGCCGACCUCCACCCACUUCCCCAGUACCCACCAGUACAUCCAGCUGGACAGCAGCAGCCCUCUGACCGUCACCUCCCCUACCCAGGGCCACCUCCAGCCUCUCCAGCUCCACACCCACCCUGGGAUGGGCCUCCUCCCCCACACCCUCACCCUCGCCCCCUCCCAGGUGCUGGUCCAGUAUGCGGAUGGGUUAGGGGUCAACAAAGCUGAGGGCGGACACACCAAGGUGGUGCAGCUAAAUGGAGAGCUGGAGAGGAGUUUCGGUAAACAGAGCUGUGCUGGCGUCAAAGGAACCUCCUACUCUAACCAGAACAAUCAGCAGGUUCACCAUGGAUAUGAAGCUCGACACAUCCUCAUUCCCGCAGACUACACUACCCAGGAUUCAACGGGACUACAAACCUCCCUGGUGCUGGUAGCAAACGCCCAGGCCCACCCCCACCCUACCAGUGGUGCUGAGCAGGACAAGGUCCAGGUCCACCCAUCACUAAUACACAGUGAGGGAGGAGGCAUCUGUCUAGGGAAACCUGUCUCCAGAACCUCCUCUUUCACCUCCCUCAACUCCUCUGAUGCUCAGAAGGUCUCUUCUGCCCCUCACACGGUUAUCCAGACCACCCACCACUCUGACCAGCAUGUACACAGCCUGUACUCCACCACCCAGGCACCAAUCAUCGGCUACAUCGCCAGGGCAGGUAACCAGCAUGGCGUCAGCUACGCCACCCUGCCGCAGCACCUGGUCAUCCCGGACGGCCAGUCCCUCCAGUCUCUCCUGAUACCCGUUAACGGAGUCGGUGACGUUACCACCACUACGGACCUCGAGGCCGCCUGCUCGGUGACCGCCAGGACGGCCAGCACCACCGCCUCUCAGCUGGCUCCAGCGACCACAUCCCUCCCCCGCCACACCUACCUCACUGCGUCCCUGUCCAAGUGUGAGAUGCUGGGGUCGGACAGCCACCACCAGGCCCCUGCUGUACUCCAGGCCCAAGUACUACCCAUCCAGCACAUCCAAAUCCCCUCUAACACAACUGCUACUGUGGUGGUGUCCCCCUCCCCUGCCCUAGCCCUAGUUCCCGCCCCUGUCCAGGCCUCCCCCUCUCUCUCCUCUUCCCUCUCCUCCUCUCCAGCCCUAGCUCCAGCCCCUGUCCAGGCCACCCCCUCUCCCUCCUCCUCUCCAACCACGCUCCCUCCGUUCUUCAUGCGUGGCUCCAUCAUCCAGCUGGCGGAUGGGGAGCUGAAGCGAGUGGAAGACCUGAAGACGGAGGACUUUAUCCAGAGUGCUGAGAUCAGCAGUGAGCUGAAGAUUGACUCCAGCACUGUGGAACGCAUCGACACAGGCCAGACACCCAGCGCUGUCAUCAUACAGUUCGGUGUCGGGGAACACAAAGCACAGGUGUGCGUGGAGGUGCUGUUGGAGUACCCGUUCUUUGUGUUCGGCCAGGGCUGGUCGUCCUGCUGCCCUGACCGGACCACUCAGCUGUUGGAGCUGAGCUGUGCCAAGCUGUGUGUUGGGGACGUGUGUGUCUCCCUGACCCUCAGGAGCCUGAGGGGUGGCGACGGCUCUGUGUCUGGGAGGAACCACAGCAGCCAGGGUCACGAGGUCAAGCUGAGGCACAGCCACAACACUGGGGACAUCACACAGGAGUCUAACCGGCAAGGGAACAGUCAGGGGAAUAGCCAGAAUAAUGGUCAGAGUAUUGAUCAAAUCAACAGUCAAAUAAAUAGUCAGAGCAACAGUCAGAGAGACAGUCAGAGAGACAGUCAGAGAGACGGUCAGAGAGACAGUCAGAGCAACAGUCAGAGAGACAGUCAGAGAGACAGUCAGAGAGACAGUCAGAGAGACAGUCAGAGAGACAGUCAGAGAGACGGUCAGAGAGACAGUCAGAGAGACGGUCAGAGAGACGGUCAGAGAGACGGUCAGAGAGACGGUCAGAGAGACGGUCAGAGAGACAGUCAGAGAGACAGUCAGAGAGACAGUCAGAGAGACGGUCAGAGAGACAGUCAGAGAGACAGUCAGAGAGACGGUCAGAGAGACAGUCAGAGAGACAGUCAGAGCAACGGUCAGAGAGACAGUCAGAGAGACAGUCAGAGAGACAGUCAGAGAGACGGUCAGAGCAACGGUCAGAGCAACGGUCAGAGAGACGGUCAGAGAGACGGUCAGAGAGACGGUCAGAGAGACGGUCAGAGAGACGGUCAGAGUAUGGACAAGGACUUUAGGAACAGUUUGAAUGCUGCAGGCAGCAACAGUGUCUUCCUGGUGCAGGUGGCCAAAACAGACAGGCUGACUAAGGAGGACAGGGGCGUCCCCCGCUCUGUGGACCAGGUGACAGGAUCUGGACUGAGACCCGGAUCUGGAUCUGGACCAGGGGUCUACGGAGCUGGAGUUGGACCCAGGAGCACCUCGGACCUGCAGGCUGUCUCAGGGAAUGGAGAGAUGAGAGACAGAGAAAAUGUAGAGGUGAUAGGAAGAAACAAUGGAGAGAUGAGAGAGAGAGAACAGAAUAGCCACAUGCCCCCUUCGCCCCUCAAGACAGAAGUGGGUGAGGCAGACAAAGAAAAACCCUGCGGUCGUAAGAGGAGGUGGUCUGCUCCAGAGAGAGAUCAGACCGAGAGGGCGGACGAGGAACCCCCUUUGACUCUGCCAAAACCCUCUUUUAUAACUCAGCAAGUCAAACUCUCCAUGGAGGGACGGUCAAAUGUUAGUCGCUGAGGGAGCUGGAGUGUUGUACGGGAGGUAGGGAACAUACUUUUAUAUGUUUGUAACGUUGUUAGUGCUGUUUGGUUUCAUCUAUCUAUCCACAUUAAUGGAAAGGAUUCGUUUACCUUGUAUAUACAUGUUUUAGGAUUCUAUUUCUAUGGAAGGAACCUUGUUGUCUCUGUGUUUGGCCCACUGUCUGGGAGGCCAGUCUCUCUCCAGAACACAGUGAGUGGCCCACUGUCUGGGAGGCCAGUCUCUCUCCAGAACACAGUGAGUGGCCCACUGUCUGGGAGGCCAGUCUCUCUCCAGAACACAGUGAGUGGCCCACUGCCUGGGGGGCCAGUCUCUCUCCAGAACACAGUGAGUGGCCCACUGUCUGGGAGGCCAGUCUCUCUCCAGAACACAGUGAGUGGCCCACUGUCUGGGAGGCCAGUCUCUCUCCAGAACACAGUGAGUGGCCCACUGUCUGGGAGGCCAGUCUCUCUCCAGAACACAGUGAGUGGCCCACUGCCUGGGGGGCCAGUCUCUCUCCAGAACACAGUGAGUGGCCCACUGUCUGGGAGGCCAGUCUCUCUCCAGAACACAGUGAGUGGCCCACUGUCUGGGAGGCCAGUCUCUCUCCAGAACACAGUGAGUGGCCCACUGUCUGGGAGGCCAGUCUCUCUCCAGAACACAGUGAGUGGCCCACUGUCUGGGAGGCCAGUCUCUCUCCAGAACACAGUGAGUGGGCCACUGUCUGGGAGGCCAGUCUCUCUCCAGAACACAGUGAGUGGCCCACUGUCUGGGAGGCCAGUCUCUCUCCAGAACACAGUGAGUGGCCCACUGUCUGGGAGGCCAGUCUCUUUCCAGAACACAGUUAGUGGCCCACUGCCUGGUAGGCCAGUCUCUCUCCAGAACACAGUGAGUGGCCCACUGUCUGGGAGGCCAGUCUCUUUCCAGAACACAGUUAGUGGCCCACUGCCUGGUAGGCCAGUCUCUCUCCAGAACACAGUGAGUGGCCCACUGUCUGGGAGGCCAGUCUCUCUCCAGAACACAGUGAGUGGGCCACUGUCUGGGAGGCCAGUCUCUCUCCAGAACACAGUGAGUGGCCCACUGUCUGGGAGUCCAGUCUCUCUCCAGAACACAGUGAGUGGGCCACUGUCUGGGAGGCCAGUCACUCUCCAGAACACAGUGAGUGGCCCACUGUCUGGGAGGCCAGUCUCUCUCCAGAACACAGUGAGUGGCCCACUGUCUGGGAGGCCAGUCUCUCUCCAGAACACAGUUAGUGGCCCACUGCCUGGGAGGCCAGUCUCUCUCCAGAACACAGUUAGUGGCCCACUGCCUGGGGGGCCAGUCUCUCUCCAGAACACAGUGAGUGGCCCACUGUCUGGGAGGCCAGUCUCUCUCCAGAACACAGUGAGUGGCCCACUGUCUGGGAGGCCAGUCUCUCUCCAGAACACAGUUAGUGGCCCACUGCCUGGGAGGCCAGUCUCUCUCCAGAACACAGUUAGUGGCCCACUGCCUGGGAGGCCAGUCUCUCUCCAGAACAUAGUUAGUGGCCCACUGCCUGGGAGGCCAGUCUCUCCCCAGAACACGGUGAGUGGAAACUGUAGCGAGCAGAUGGUUGACCUGGAAAGGCUUGAAUUGACUGAACCAUGAGAUUUCUCCUCUAUAUUGACCUAUAAAGUGAAUUAUGCAUGUAUGAGUUAUAUCAAUUGAUAGUACCUGCCUAGUUAGAAUACAACCCUCUACUGCUCAUCGUUACCCUCAGUCAUCAGAACCCCCACCCCCCAUAUAUUUGAGGACGUUGUUUUAUGUGAUGAAAUGUAGUUUUCUUUUUGUUGCCUCAGGGCAACGUUGUGCAGUUAGGCUACUUUAAAGGGCAAUACAAUGCUGAAUGAUAGACAUGUAAAUUGCCAGACAAUGGACCCAGGGACAUUCUAUGGGCCGAAGCAGCCUAACUGAUCAGUUAAGAUCAUACCCUCUGGUUGUGAGGACAGUCACAGCGAGGAAGAAUGGACCUCAGAAUCAGGUUUGAGAGGCAGUGAAAUACUAGUUUAGGGAAAAGCUUUCACUAUCUGCUUUUCCAUGGUGUUGUAGUAAGUACCCUUAUGACACAGAACGCCCGAAUCUAACCCCCCAAAAAUAGGUUUUAAUAUUUGUUUCAAUGAAAAACCACAAUGUGUGCAGUAAAGGAUUACUCAUAUACUGUAUACAGUGCAUUCCUGAAUUAUUCAGAACCCUUGACUUUUCAUACAUUUUGUUACGUUACAGCCUUAUUCUGAAAAUAAUUUUUCUUUUAAAUCUUCAUCAAUCUACACACAAUACCACAUAACGACAAAGUGGAAACAGGUUCUUAGACAUUUUUUAACCCCUAAAAAACAGAAAUACCUUAUUUACGUAAGUAUUCAAACCCUUUGCUUUGAGACUCGAAAUGGAUCUCAGGUGCAUCAUCCUUGAGACUCUUCCUAGAGCUGGCUGCCCGGCCAAACUGAGCAACCGGGAGAGAAGGGCCUUCAGGGAGGUGACCAAGAACCUUUUAAAAAUCCACCUUUCCAGAAACAACUCUCUCACUGUUGCCGCCUGCUAUAGACCACCCUCUGCCCCCAGCUGUGCCAUGGACACCAUAUGUGAAUUGAUUGCCCCCCAUCUAUCUUCAGAGCUCGUGCUGCUAGGUGACCUAAACUGGGACAUGCUUAACACCCCGGCCAUCCUACAAUCUAAGCUUGAUGCCCUCAAUGUCACACAAUUUAUCAAUGAACCUACCAGGUACAACCCCAAAUCCGUAAACACGGGCACCCUCAUAGAUAUCAUCCUAACCAACCUGCCCUCCAAAUACACCUCUGCUGUUUUCAAGAUCUCAGCGAUCACUGCCUCAUUGCCUGCAUCCGUAAUGGGUCUGCGGUCAAACGACCACCCCUCAUCACUGUCAAACGCUCCCUAAAACACUUCAGCGUGCAGGCCUUUCUAAUCGACCUGGCCGGGGUAUCCUGGAAUGAUAUUAACCUCAUCCUGUCAGUAGAGGAUGCUUGGUUAUUCUUUAAAAGUGUCUACCUCAUCUUAAACAAGCAUGCUCCAUUCAAAAAAUGUAGAACCAGGAACAGAUAUAGCCCAUGGUUCACUCCAGACCUGACUGCCCUUGACCAGCACAAAAACAUCCUGUGGCGUAUUGCAUUAACAUCGAAUAGCCCCUGCGAUAUGCAACUUUUCAGGAAAGUUAGGAACCAAUAUACACAGUCAGUUAGGAAAGUUAAGGCUAGCUUUUUCAAACAUAAAUUUGCAUCCUGUAGCACAAACUCCAAAAGGUUCUGGGACACUGUAAAGUCCAUGGAGAAUAAGAGCACCUCCUCCCAGCUGCCCACUGCACUGAGGCUAGGAAACACUGUCAACACCGAUAAAUACACUAUAAUGGAGAAUUUCAAUAAGCAUUUCUCUACGGCUGGCCAUGCUUUCCACCUGGCUACCCCUACCACUGUCAACUGCCCGGUACCCCCAACAGCAACUCGCCCAAGCCUCCCCCAUUUCUCCUUCACCCAAAUCCAGAUAGCUGAUGUUCUGAAAGAGCUGUAAAAUCUGGACCCCUACAAAUCAGCCGGGCUAGACAAUCUGGACCCUCUCUUUCUAAAAUUAUCUUUCCCGAAAUUGUUGCAACCCCUAUUACUAGCCUGUUCAACCUCUCUUUCCUAUUGUCUGAGAUUCCCAAAGAUUGGAAAGUUGCUGCGAUCAUCCCCCUCUUCAAAGGGGGAGACACUCUAGACCCAAACUGCUACAGACCUAUAUCUAUCCUACCCUGCCUUUCUAAGGUCUUCGAAAGCCAAGUUAACAAACAGAUUUCUGACCAUUUCGAAUCCCACCGUACCUUCUCCACUAUGCAAUCUGGUUUCAGAGCUGGUCAUGGGUACACCUCAGACACGCUUAAGGUCCUAAACGAUAUCAUAACCGCCAUCGAUAAGAGACAUUACUGUGCAGCCAUAUUCAUCAACCUGACCAAGGCUUUCGACUCUGUCAAUCACCACAUUCUUAUCGGCAGACUUAACAGCCUUGGUUUCUCAAAUUACUGCCUCGCCUGAUUCAUCAACUACUUCUCUGAUAGAGUUGUGUGCCAAAUCGGAGGUCCUGUUGUCUGGACCUCUGGCAGUCUCUAUGGGGGUGCCGCAGGGUUCAAUCCUCGGACCGACUCUCUUCUCUGUAUACAUCAAUGAUGUCGCUCUUGCUACUGGUGAUUCUUUGAUCCACCUCUACGCAGAUGACACCAUUCUGUAUACUUCUGGCCCUUCUUUGGACACUGUGUUAACUAACCUCCAGACGAGCUUCAAUGCCAUACAACUCUCCUUCCGUUGCCUCCAACUGCUCUUAAAUGCAAGUAAAACUAAAUGCAUGCUCUUCAACCGAUUGUUGCCCGCACCUGCCCGCCCGUCCAGCAUCACUACUCUGGACAGUUCUGACUGUGGACAACUACAAAUACCUAGGUGUCUGGUUAGACUGUAAACUCUCCUUCCAGACUCACAUUAAGCAUCUCCAAUACAAAAUUAAAUCUAGAAUCGGCUUCCUAUUUCGCAACAAAGCCUCCUUCCCUCAUGCUGCCAAACUUACCCUCGUAAAACUGACUAUCCUAACGAUCCUCGACUUUGGCAAUGUCAUUUACAAAAUAGCCUUCAACACUCUACCUAAUAAAUUGAAUGCAGUCUAUCACAGUGCCAUCCGUUUUGUCACCAAAGCCCCAUAUACUACCCACCACUGCGACCUGUAUGCUCUCGUUGGCUGGCCCUCGCUUCAUACUCGUCGCCAAACCCACUGGCUCCAGGUCAUCUACAAGUCUCUGCUAGGUAAAGCCCCGCCUUACCUCAGCUCACUGGUCGACAUAGCAGCACCCACCCAUAGCACACGCCCCAGCAGGUAUAUCUCACUAGUCACCCCCAAAGCAAAUUCCUCCUUUGGCCGCCUUUCCUUCCAGUUUUCUGCUGCCAAUGAAUGGAAAGAACUGCAAAAAUCACUGAAGCUGGAGACUCAUAUCUCCCUCACUAACUUUAAGCACCAGCUGUCAGAGCAGCUCACAGAUCACUUCAUCUGUACAUAGCCCAUCUGUAAUAUAGUCCGUCCAACUACCUCAUCCCCAUACUGUAUUUAUUUAUUUAUCUUGGUCCUUUGCACCCCAGUAUCUCUACUUGCACAUUCAUCUUCUGCACAUCAAUCACUCCAGUGUUUAAUUGGUAUAUUGUGAUUACUUCGCCACCAUGGCCUAUUUAUUGCCUUACCUCCCUUAUCUUACCUCAUUUGCACACACUGUAUAUAGACUUUUUCUAUUGUAUUAUUAACUGUAUGUUUGUUUAUUCCAUGUGUAACUCUGUGUUGUUGUAUGUGUUGAACUGCUUUAGUUUAUUCUUGGCCAGGUCGCAGUUGUAAAUGAGAACUUGUUCUCAACUAGCCUACCUGGUUAAAUAAAGGUGAAGUAACUAAAUAAAAACCCGAUGGUCACUCUGCCAGAGCUCCAGAGUUCCUCUGUGGAGAUGGAAGAACCUUCCAGAAGGACAUCCAUCUCUGCAGCACUCCACCAAUCAGGCCUUUAUGGUAGAGUGGCCAGACGUAAGCCACUCCUCAGUAAAAGGCACAUGACAGCCCGCUUGGAGUUUGCCAAAAGGCCCCUAAAGGACUCUGACCAUGAGAAACAUGAUGAAAUCAAGAUUAAACUUGUUGGCCUGAAUGCCAAGCAUCACGUCUGGAGGAAACUUGGUACCAUCCCUGCGGGGAAACAUGGUGGUGGCAGCAUCAUGCUGUGGGGAUGUUUUUCAGCAGCAGGGACUGGGAGGCUAGUCAGGAUCGAGGGAAAGAUGAACGGAGCAAAGUACAGGGAGAUCUUUGAUGAAAACCUGCUCCAGAGUGCUCAGGACCUUAGACUGGGGCGAAGGUUCACCUUCCAACAGGACAACAACCCUAAGCACACAGCAUAGACAAUGCAGGAGUGGCUUCGGGACAAGUCUCUGAAUGUCCUUGAGUGACCCAGCCAGAGCCUGGACUUGAACCCGAUCGAACAUCUCUGGAGAGACCUGUAAAUAGCUGUGCAGCAACGCACCCCAUCCAACCUGACAGAGCUUGAGAGGAUCUGCAGAGAAGAAACUCCACAAAUACAAGUGUGCCAAGCUUGUAGCAUCAUACCUAGAAGACUUGAUGCGGUAAUCGCUGCCAAAGGUGCUUCAAAAAAGUACUGAGUAAAGGGUCUGAAUACUUACGUGAUAUUUCUGUUUGUUUUUUUAGCAAAAAAAACAAAACACUUUUGUUUUGUCAUUAUGGCGUGUUGUGUGUAGAUUGAUUGAAAAUUUGGAAAAAGUCAAGGGGUCUGAACACUUUCCGUAGGCACUGUAUGUUGCAAUCAUUUUGGUUUACAGAAAUGUGGGUGCGUCUGAUUUUGUUAUGGGCCAUAUUCCAGAAAGUGAAUUCAAAGAGUAAUGAUAUUGAUUUGAACAUCAACCAAUGUCUACAGGACAGGGUUGGUUGUAUCUUUGAUAGCCAGGUUGUGUCUCAAAUGGCACCCUUUUUCCUAUAUAGUGCACUAACUUUGGGCUCUGAUCAGAUGUAGUGCACUAUAAAGCGAAGAGGGUGCCGUUUGGGACGCAUACUUUGUGAUUUAAUGUCUACAUUCCCUUCUUGUUUUAGAUAUACUGUUGUAAGUUACCUGCUAGCUUCAUUCAAGUUACCUGCUAGCUUCAUUCAAGUUACCUGCUAGCUUCAUUCAAGUUACCUGCUAGCUUCAUUCAAGUUACCUGCUAGCUUCAUUCAAGUUACCUGCUAGCUUCAUUCAAGUUACCUGCUAGCUUCAUUCAAGUUACCUGCUAGCUUCAUUCAAGUUACCUGCUAGCUUCAUUCAAGUUACCUGCUAGCUUCAUUCAAGUUACCUGCUAGCUUCAUUCAAGUUACCUGCUAGCUUCAUUGAAGUUACCUGAUAGUUUCAUGCUGUUGUAAGUUACCUGAUAGUUUCAUGCUGUUGUAAGUUACCUGAUAGCUUCUCCUGCAGUGAGUUCUACUUCACCUUUUAUCGGAGGCUUUCUGUGGUUCUUCUGGACGUUAUACAACGUUUUACAGUGGUUCUUCUGGACGUUAUACAACGUUUUACAGUGGUUCUUCUGGACGUUAUACAACGUUUUACAGUGGUUCUUCUGGAUGUUAUACAACGUUUUAUAGUGGUUCUUCUGGACGUUAUACAACGUUUUACAGUGGUUCUUCUGGAUGUUAUACAACGUUUUACAGUGGUUCUUCUGGACGUUAUACAACGUUUACAGUGGUUCUUCUGGACGUUAUACAACGUUUUACGUUGGUUCUUCUGGACUAUAUACAACGUUUUACAGUGGUUCUUCUGGACGUUAUACAACGUUUUACAGUGGUUCUUCUGGAUGUUAUACAACGUUUUACAGUGGUUCUUCUGGACGUUAUACAAUGUUUUAGGUGGUGGAGGGAGAGCCACUGACAUUGAACUACAGGCAUAGUGAACCUGUCCAAUUAACUUAGUUGUAAUUGUGUUGUUUGUGCAACACCUGAAUUAUAGGUUUGUGUUUUUCCAUGUUAAAUCAUUACAGCCCAAUGACCCUCUAAAAUGUCUCUGAUUCACUUUCAUCAGUUAUUUGUAUGAAUGACAUCCCAUGUAAAACUCAAACCUCAACUUGCAAUAUGUCACCUGAGAAUACAUUGUAUCUUCACGUGACAUGAAUCAUUAAAAUUUAUAUUUUCAUACUUUUAAUUCAGGCAAAUCAGAGUAAUCAUGGUACUAUCAAGUGAAGAAGCUAGAGUCAAGAUCAUCAGUGAUUAUGGACCAGUGCCAUUGGUUCAGCAGUGGACCAGUGCCAUUGGUUCAGCAGUGGACCAGUGCCAUUGGUUCAGCAGUGGACCAGUGCCAUUGGUUCAGCAGUGGACCAGUGCCAUUGGUUCAACAGUGGACCAGUGCCAUUGGUUCAGCAGUAGAUGAACAUGUGCACAUGCAUGUGGACAUUUCUCUACAUUCUGUAACUACCUGGCCUCACUACCCACCCAUGUGUACCCAACUUACUUUAGACUGAAUUCUCACAGGUGUCUCUCCUUUCUUUUCUUUCAAUUUAAAAUUAUAUUAUUUAAAAAAAUUCUUAUAGCCAAAAUAAAGUAGUUUACAGAACUCAGGAAUUGUGUGUGUGUGUGUGUGUGUGUGUGUGUGUGUGUGUGUGUGUGUGUGUGUGUGUGUGUGUGUGUGUCUGAUUAUCAUAAAACUGUUUAUCAUCAAAGAAAGCAAUUGGAUAUUUUCAAAUUCAUUGAGAGAGAGAGAAGGGAGAGAGAGGAGGGAGAGAGGGAGACAGAGAAUAGAAUGAAUAGAGAUUAUUAGACUGUUGUUUGCAUCUUGCCAAUAAUCAGGUGAACUGGCAGAGAAACAGACGCCGCCCAUUGACUGUUUUCCCCUGAGAUAUGUAUGUGCUAAAAUAUAAACAUUGUUGUAGAUAUUAUACAAAAUAGGAUCAUUGUUAUUAUUGUACAAUCUGUCAAUUAAAAAUGUUCAUGCAUUGGUCCGCAACCCCAAAAAAAGGUUGUGAAAUAACUUUUCUGUGUACCUCAUAUGUAAGAUACAUUUAUGUACAACAGGAAACAGGAAACAAGAGGAAUAGAAGACUUCAAAGUUGCUUUUCUAACUGUGGUAUUACGUUUUAAUUUGUAGGAUAUACUCCAAUCUGUUCUGUAUGAUCUAUGGUCUCUUUCUUAGGAGAGUUUUUGCAGGUUUAUGGACAAAAUAUUUCAGUUGUAAUUUUUUUCAACAUUUAAUUUAGAUUUGAACAAAUUUGUUUAAAGAAACACAAAAGAACAUGAACAAAUGUAUUGUCUCUGUAUUAUCAGAAUAAUAAAUAACAGAGUCAACUGAAA